CGCAAUAUGAGAAGUCAGGCAAUUGUCGGUAUUUUGAUGCUAGCGAUGGCUACAAAUGUCACAGCGUCUGCUAGUUUAGCUACUCCAACGCCACUGCCUGUUGUUUAUAAAAAUAGACGCCAGAAUUCAGAUAGCACAGGUAGCAGCGGAAGCGACAGUAGCAGCUCUAACAGCGGCAGUUCAUCUGGAAGUAGCAAUACAUCUGGCAGUAGUAGUAGCAACUCUAGUGAAUCUAACUCUGAUACGAGUUCUAGCAGCCAGUCCUCCGGUAGUUCAGGAUCGAGUUCGAAUACCGAUAGUAGUUCAAACACUUCUAGCCAAUCUAGUGAUUCGAGCCAGUCGAGUGAAGCGAGCCAAUCUAGCGCGUCUAGUCAGUCUAGCCAAUCGAGUGAAUCGAGCAAAUCGUCAGAAUCAUCAGCAAGCGACAAACCAACGCCUUCACCGUCAACUGAUAGCUCUGGUAAUGUCGUUACAGUUACAAAACCUUCCGGAUCGCACAACUCGUCAGGUGACAACUCAGGCGGCUUAGGUACCGGUGGAAUUAUUGGUAUUGCGGUAGGUGUAGGUGUGGUUGCCAUAGCCGCUGCUGGAUUUAUUAUCUGGCGCUGUGUUAAAAGGCGGUACUCUGAUAUCGAGGAUGAUGAGGACAACAGUGAUGAUAUCAAAUGGCCACAAUUAAGGGACGCAGGCGGACCAUCCGCUACUGCAUUACAACCUUUGCCGGCAAGACCAACCGGUGGUGCCGGUAUAGAAAUGGAAAGCAGCUACUUAAAUCCGCACCCUGCAACUGAAACAGACGAUGAUUUGAGUCUAGUGGGAGAACCACUUUCUAACGCCUCUCACUCAAUCAGUGGCUUGAGAUCAAAUAGUCCAGGACCUAUGUAUGCACCAUACAGUGACUAUCCAAUUCCAAGUCCUGCACCUGGUGCUCCACCUGGCGCUCCUCCUGGUGGACCACCAGCUCAUCCCCAAUACUUUGACCCUAUCACUGGAAUGGCUUAUUACAGUGAUGAGCAACCCGGCGGGGCUUAUAGCGACCACAAUUACACUGAUCCUUUCGCAAAUGAAAGUCAGGCACCUUCUCAAACACCCCAGCCACCUUGGGCACCUGGUCAAAAUGACCAACCAUUGCUUAACCCAUAUGGUGCAACGCCAUCACCAAACCCUCAAGCACAAUCUAGACCAUACCCAUCAACUCAGCCUGGUCAGUAUUUCAACAUGUACAAUGGUAAAGUUUAGAAUAGCCGGUCUUUCUGAUUUCUUAUUAUUAUUGUCGUGUUUG